ACUCCCCCUUCCCCCCACACUAGACUUUCUCUGGCUUGCUGACCUCACUGAGAUUGCUGCAGGUCUGGGGACCUGGGGGAGACAUGGAGAAAGAGACGGGGGAUCCCCUGGCUGGAGCUGACCAACAGAGUAGGCAGUCAUAUCUGGACAACUGGAUAUCAGAGUAAUGUUUGACCUCUGGAAACAUCUCUUACAGGACAGCCAGUCAAAAUUCACUAGGUAGGACAGUCAUCAGCUAGAAAGAACUGGAGCCUGGGGGCACCUGGCUGGAGAGGUAUGAGGGAUCCAAGCCAGUACCCUGCUCUCUGGCUCCCCCAUGGCAGUCCUCCAACUCUAAGCACUCUCAUUCUCCUGCUGCUCCUCUGUGGAUAUGCUCAUUCUCAAUGCAAGAUCCUCCGCUGCAAUGCUGAGUAUGUAUCGUCCACCUUGAGCCUUAGAGGUGGGGGUUCACCAGGAGCACUCCGAGGAGGAGGAGGAGGCCGGGAUGGAGGGGUGGGCUCCAGUGGUCUCUGUCGAGCCCUCCGCUCCUAUGCGCUAUGCACUCGGCGCACAGCCCGCACCUGCCGUGGGGACCUCGCCUUCCACUCUGCGGUGCAUGGCAUCGAGGACCUGAUGAUCCAGCAUAACUGCUCCCGCCAGGGCCCCACGGCCCCUCCCCCGCCCCGGGGCCCAGCCCUUCCAGGCGCUGGGCCCGUCCGCUCCUCUGGCCCCGCCCUUGCAGGCGCGAGCCCCGCCCUCUCCUCCGGCUCCACAGCCCCGGACCCCUGUGACUAUGAAGGUCGGUUUUCUCGGCUGCACGGUCGUCCCCCGGGCUUCCUACACUGCGCCGCCUUCGGGGACCCCCACGUGCGCAGCUUCCACCACCACUUUCACACGUGCCGUGUCCAAGGAGCUUGGCCCCUGCUGGAUAAUGACUUCCUUUUUGUCCAGGCCACCAGCUCCCCCGUGGCUUCGGGGGCCAACGCCACAACCACCCGGAAGCUCACCAUUAUAUUUAAGAAUAUGCAGGAAUGCAUUGAUCAGAAGGUCUACCAGGCUGAGGUGGACAAUCUUCCUGCAGCCUUUGAAGAUGGUUCUAUCAAUGGAGGUGCCCGACCUGGGGGCUCAAGUUUGUCCAUUCGAACUGCUAAACCUGGGAGCCAUGUGGAGAUCCAAGCUGCCUAUAUUGGUACAACUAUAAUUAUUCGGCAGACAGCUGGGCAGCUCUCCUUCUCCAUCAAGGUAGCAGAGGAUGUGGCCAGGGCCUUCUCAGCUGAGCAGGACCUACAGCUCUGUGUUGGAGGGUGCCCCCCAAGUCAGCGACUCUCUCGCUCAGAGUGCAAUCAUCCGGGAGCUAUAACCAUUGAUACUGCCAGACAGCUGUGCAAGGAAGGGCUGCCAGUUGAAGAUGCUUACUUUCAUUCCUGUGUCUUUGACGUUUUAAUCUCUGGUGACCCCAACUUUACCGUGGCAGCUCAAGCUGCUCUAGAGGAUGCUCGAGCCUUCUUGCCAGACUUAGAAAAGCUGCAUCUCUUCCCCUCAGAUGCUGGGGUUCCUCUUUCCUCGGCAACCCUCCCAGCCCCACUCCUUUCUGGACUUUUGGUUCUGUUGCUUUGCAUUCAAUAAGUAGGCCAGAAAGCCCUUGAUUGGUUUGAAAAUGAUUUGGGCAUACAGAUUGACAAGGGAGAACAUGAAGAAUCACUGAAGCAAUCAGCUGGGACUGGGAGACACACAAAACAAUGCCAUCUACAUUUAUCCAGAAUCAGAUAAGUCUGUACUUCAAAGCUGAAAUAAUCACAGAAUAAGGAUUCUGGGCCAGGCUUCUGCAUUCCAGACCUCUUUAGGGACUCUUCACCAGUUUCCCCAGUCCCGUUUACAGUGAGUUGUUUCAGUCCAUCUACACCCAAGAUCACCCCCACAAGCUUAGAGGUUAUAGUGGUCCUGAUGAUCAGUAGAAAACUGAAGGGUUGAGACUUUUAAGAGGACAGAACUAAAAGAGGAAGACAUGAUCAUUACCCAUAAAUAAACUCAAUGAUUUUCUAGUGAUUUUCUCUUGGAAGGUGGAAAGAGGAAAAAAUGAUUAGGGAAGAGUCUAUUGGAUGAAUAUAUAUAUUUGAGGAGGAUGUGUUCUGCUUUCUUGGUUCAGAAAUGAAGUGGGAGUUGUCUGGAUCUUAGGUGAAAGGGAUCUCUGCCUUUGGAGAAUGGCACUGAUAAUAAAGAAACUAUCAUCCCCACCCCUAACCAAACUGUUAUUAAAGCUAUGAAUUCUUCA